GAGCGUGGCUCACGCAAGUGUCAAAGAGACUCUUCCAAGUUCCGAAAUUGGGUGCAUUCAAUUAAUUUGGCAGAAAGGGAUUGAUACAUAAUUGCCAUUUAUAAGGGAAACAACGCGUUCAGAGAGGUGCUGGACAGAGCCACGAGGGGACAAUGUCUGACAGCAGUGGUGCUGCCAACAGCAAUAGCUGGACUGUCCUCACAGCUGAGGAGACUGUUGCUGAGACACUGAGGCCUGUAGAGGAGGGAACAGAGCACCAUGAAGAUACACCCAGUCAUACUGCUGCAGAGAAACCUACAGAGAGUAGGCCUGGGGAGGAUGCAGUGUCUGCUGAAGAGUCUCACUCUGUGAAGCUACAGCAGGAGACCCAGAAAACACAACCAGAGAGAGACAAGGAUUACACCCCUGUUGUAGAGAGUCCCACCCAUGACCUUCCCUUUGACCCUGCCCCUGGCUCAACCCCUGCCCUUGACUCCACCUCUGCUAGUGUUGCUCCUCCGAGCUCUCUGUUAGAAGUCACCGCCCCCACAGGCCGUGACCCAGAUACACACAGCCAAUCCAGAAGCCUCCCUGGGAACCCAGCCCCUCCCAUCUCUGACCCUGAUUCAUUCUCUGACUCCUACACCCACAUUAGCUCCUCCCCCGACCUUGAAGAGCCCUCUGCCUUGCUGCUCAACACCGAGCCACCGGAAGAGGUGGGGCUUGUACAGGAAGCGGGGGGGUAUAUACAGGAUGUGCAUCAUCAUUAUGAGGAGGGGCUUGGGCAGGAAGAGGAGGAGUCUGAUCUGUCUGAGGUCGGGGCCAAGACAGACUCCCAUCUGGAAGCAGAGGUGGUGGGGGAGGAGGUAGGUGUGUCAGGGGUGAGGAGGAGGAGGGGGUCUCUCCUGGCGGCUCUGGAGCGGAUCGGAAGGAAGGAGGAGGAGGAGGAGGAGGAGGAGGAUGAGUUCCGGAUUCCGCAGCAGAGGGAGCAAGAGGAGACUGGUUUCUCUCUCAACAAGUGCAUCCUAGGAGCUGUCAUACUGCUGGGCCUCGGAACCAUCUUCUUCUCAGGUGUCUUCAUGGACCUGGAUGGUGAGGGGGACUAUGAUGCCAGGGAGCUGAGAGAAACAGAGGUGGUGGGAAAACAGGAAUGGCUGAAUCCUGAGGUUCCUCUUCCUCUUGACAGUACAGACCAACUGAAUAAACUGGCUAAAGAAGACCCACGGAUAGCUGUACUGCAAGCCCAACUCCUGGCACAGAAAGAGGAGCUAAAAGUAGCCCAGAAGGAGGCGGAGGAUGGAGGGAAGGAGAGAAAGAAGAGAGAGGAGGUGGAGAAGGAGCACGGUAGGCUGAAGAAAGAGAUGACAUCGCUCCCUGUCCUUCAGAAGGAGAACGAGAGGAUGAAGAGAGAGCUGGAGUCUGUUCCUGUCUUACAGAAGGAUCUAGAGACACUCAGAGCCACAGUGACUGAACUAAAACACAGCACAGCCAAAGAAGCAGCAUCACCUCCAGUCUCUGCCUCUGUCCCGCCCCACUCUGGCCAAGCUGGGGAUGACAGCCAGAACACAGCUGGAACGAUAGAGAGGGAGGGCAAGAAACCAGGGAAGGGAGAGAAAACAGAUCAAAAAGAGUUGAAGGAAGAGAAGAAGGAUUGGAAUAAGGGAGGGAAGAAGGAUUGGAAUAAGGGAGGGAAGAAGGAUUGGAAUAAGGGAGGGAAGACGGAUUGGAAUAAGGGAGGGAAGAAGGAUUAUAAGGUAGAAAAAGAGUGGAGAAGUGGAAAAUAUGACCAGGAGAAAGAAGGAAAAGAGGAGAAAGAGUGGAAGAAGAAAGAAGACAAGAAGGGAGAAUGGAAGAAAGAUAAAUCUAGCAGAGGGGAGGAGGGCAAACCAUGGAAGGACAGAGGAAACAAGAUGGAAUGGAAGGAGAAGAGUGAGAAAAAAGACUGGAAGGUGGAGAAAGAUUGGAAAAAGGGAAAACCUGAAAGAUGGAGUGAUAGCAAGGAGUGGAAAAAAGGCAAGGAUGACCGGAAGGGAAAAGAGGAGAAAAAUCAAAAGAAAGGAGGUUGGGUUGAGUGGAAGGGAGAGAAGAAUGGGAAAGAGGACACAAAUCGAAGAAAAGGAGGUUGGAAUGAGGGCAGGGAUGAGUGGAAGGGAGAGAAGGAGUGGAAGGGAGAGAAGAAUGGAAAAGAGGAGAAAAAUCUAAGAAAAGGAGGUUAUAAUAAGGGCAGAGAUGAGUGGAAGGGAGAGAAGGAGUGGAAGAACGACAAGGAUGACUAUAAGGACCUUGGCAAAGGAUGGAAGGAGAGAGGAGAGAAAAAGGAGUGGAAGGGAGAGAAAGAUUGGACAAAGAAAGACAGAAAGAAAGACGUCAGUAAAGAGUGGAAGAGUAAGGACAACAGGAGAGAAAAUGAGUGGUCUGGUGGAAAUAGAAAGAUGGGAGGAUUGAAGGAGGAGAGAAACGGUGGGAACUGGGAAAAGGACAGAGGGAAUGACAAGUACGAGAAGGACCAUCACCACCACUACUCUAAGGAAGGGCAGAAAGAGAGGAGAAAGAGAGAAAAGGGCCCACCCCAAACCCACCGCAGACCCCCCCUUGAGCAACCUGACUACUGGAGUCACCAGAGAGAACGACUGCAGCACAAACCCAACCCUCAAACCCACUGCAGUUCAGUGGAGGCCUGCGCCCAGGCAGAGGGGCUGCUCCCUGUCACCAUGCCGGAGUUUGAGGCCCUGCUCCUGGGUUACCUGGUCAAGGCAGAGAGGGUGGGGGUGGAGGCCUCCAAGAGGGAGGAGCUCAGUAAGCUAACCAAGGAGUUCUUCAGUGACGGAGUGUUCGUUCAUGACCAGAUGAGCUUCAAGGACUUUGUGGAGGAUGUGGAUGACAUCUUAGAGGAUAUGGUGGAGGAUGAGGAGGUAGAGGAGGAGAUGGAUGACUUUGAGGAAGAAGCCAUGAACAGGUUUUCAGUUCCAGGGGGAGGAGAGAGGGAGAAGUGGAGGAAGGAGAGUGGGAGAGGACGGGUGUGAUGGAGUGAGAUGGGGAGUCAAUGAACAGGUUUUCAGUUCCAGGGGGAGGAGAGAGGGAGAAGUGGAGGAAGGGGAGUGGGAGAGGACGGGUGUGAUGGAGUGAGAUGGGGAGUCAAUGCAUGUCAGGAGGAGCGGAAAGAUGGAGGUGGAGGAAAAUAGAUGGAUGUGCUGCAAGGUAGAAUUUAGGAGGAGCAACACACACAUACAUAUAUAUACUACCACCGUAGAGUUUGGGGUCAUUUAGAAAUGUCCUUGUUUUUGAAAGAAAAGCACUUUCUU